CUCCACCUGACCAGUUCUGGGCAGACCUGGCACCAGGCCAAACACAGCCACGGGGACAUUAGCCUGGGGACUGAGGUCGCCAGGAUUCAGGCCUGCAGGCUGUACAAACAGGCUGACUCCCAGACAGACUGCCAGUGGCCCCUGGAGCAGAGCGGGGUGGGAGACGGUACCUGCCCUAGGCCCCGGUCUUGAGGCCUCGGCCACACCCACUGCCAUAAGGAAGCCCCAGAGGGUUGACUGGAUAUGCGCACAGAGGAAUUUGUGUUCACCCUGAACACCCAGCGGUGACCACGCACAACCCAUAUGAGAGCUGGACAAAGAACGGACAAGCCCAGCUUUGAAGCAUCCGCCUUCCUGAGAAGGGCAGCGAAGAGCUAAUGAAAGCCGGGCAUUGUGGCUAGGGCUUUGCAGAAUGAAUAGGAGUCCAUGGACUCUCCCUUCUGAAUACAUAACGAGGGAGAUGGGGUAGACCCAGGAUGCAACCCAGCCUCCAGGAUCUCAACAUCCGCCUUCCCAGAGCCCUGUUCCUCCUGGCCCUCUUGGGCAGGGUGUCCAGCCUUGAGGAAUGUCAGAUGCUGCGCUCGGCCGAGGGCAGCACGGUCUCCUGCUAUGGCCCCGCUGAGUUCCCGAGCUCCGUCCCGGCCGACACUGUCCAUCUGUCCGUGGAAUUCUCCAACCUGACGCAGCUGCCCGCCGCGGCCCUGCAAGGCUGCCCAGGCCUGCGGGAGCUGCACCUCUCCAGCAACCGCCUGCAGGCGCUGUCCCCAGGGCUGCUGGCGCCGGUGCCCGGGCUGCGCGUCCUGGACCUGACCCACAAUGCCCUCCGCAGCCUGCCCCCCGGCUUAUUCCGCACCUCGGCCGCCCUGAGCACCCUGGUCCUGCGGCACAACCAGCUGCGGGCCGCACGCGCGCCAUGGCUGCAGGGCCUAGACGCCCUGGGCCACCUGGACCUGGCGGAGAACCGGCUGCGCUCGCUGCCCGCCGGCCUCCUGCUCAGCCUCGGCGCCCUGCACACCCUAGACCUUGGGUAUAACCAGCUGGAGUCGCUGCCCGAGGGGCUCCUGCGGGGCCCCAGGCGGCUGCAGCGCCUGCACCUGGAAGGGAACCGGCUGCGGAGGCUGGGGGAUGGCCUGCUUGCGCCCCAACCGUUCCUGCGCGUCCUGUUCCUGAACGACAACCGGCUGUCCGCGCUGGCGCCCGGCGCCUUCCGCGGCCUAAGGCAGCUGGACAUGCUGGACCUGUCCGGCAACGCCCUGUCCAGCGCGCCCGCGGGGCUGUGGGCGACCCUGGGGAGGCCGGCCCGCGACAUGCAGCACGGCUUCGACGUCUCCCACAACCCCUGGGUCUGCGACAAGGACCUGGCGGACCUGUGCCGCUGGCUGGACGCCAACCGACACAAGAUGUUCUCGCAGAACGACACGCGCUGCGCAGGGCCCGGGACCGUGAAGGGACGGCGGCUCCUCGACGUGGCAGAGCUGGGGUCGCUGUGACGAUGGAGACUGCGGUGCGGGCCAAGGCAUCGCGCGCGCUCGCCACUGAGCCACGGCGUGCAGAGCCCCAGCACGUGCCGUUCCCGCUCCCUCAGGCAGCGAUGCUCGCCUCUGAUUCCCUCUCCGCUCCGUGCGCUCGCCCGACUCCCCCGCCUCGCGCUCUUCCUGUGCCGACCCCAGGCCGCCAUGUUUGUCUGGCUGUGUUUCAGGGGUCAGCAACGCAGUGAAUAAAGCCGCUCCCAGGCGGACUGAACAGCU